AUGAGGCUGUCUUGGGGUGUAUAUACGGCCUACAUACCGGGCCUUGCUCUUGUCUUGGCCCAUGAGCUGCUGCUGCUGCUGCAUGCAUGCGCAUUGCUGCUGAUAGUGCAGCAGCCACCUCCAUACCUAACGGGGGCCCCUGCAGCAGCACCAGUCGAUACUCCAUUGCCUCAAGGCUUGACGGGGCCCCUGCAGGAUCAUCAGCAGGACCAGCAGCUGCUGCAGCAGCUACCACAGCAGGAGCAGCAACAAGAGCAGCAGCAGCAGAAACAGCAGCAGCAACAACAACAACCUAGUUCCUUGCGGUCUUCUCAUGUUGAUAGAAGUGAUGCAGCAGCAGAUAAUGCAGCAGUAACCGACAAACAGUCCCCUGCUGCAGUUGCUGCUGCACCUGCAGCAGCAACUGCUGCAGCACCUGCAGCAGCAACUGCAGCAGCACCUGCAGCACCUGCAACCGCAGCAGCAACAGGAGUACCUGCAGCCGAAACAGAACAUGUAUCGGCAGCAGCAGCACUUGCAGCAGCAGCCGCACCUGCAGCAGCCGCAGCGGCACCUGCAGCAGUAGAAGCAGCAGCACCGGUAGCAGCAGGAGGAACAGCAGCACCUGUAGCAGCAGCAGCACGUGCAACAGCAGCAGUAGCAGAUGCACCUGCACCAGCAGCAGCAGCAGCACGUACAACAGCAGCAGCAGCAGAUGCACCUGCACCACCAGCAGCAGCAGCACCUGCACAAGCAGCAGCACCUGCAGCAGCAACCCCACCAGCAGGAGCACCAGCUGCUGCUGCAGCAGUAGCACCUGCAGCAGUAGAUGCAGAACUUGCAGCAGCAGCAGCACCUGCAGCAGCAGUAGCAUCACCUGCAGCAGCAGAAGCAGCAGCAGCAGCAGCAAGACCUGGAAAAGAGUUGCUUCCCCCGGACACCGCCGCAGCUAAGGGGCCCCCCGAAGUACCAAAAGGGGAUGAGAAGAAAUCAGGGGGCCCCUCUGGGGCCCCUGCAGAGGCUCCCCCUGGGGGCCCCCCACCACCUACAGGAGUUGCUGCUGCAGGGCCUCCGUGUCUUAUGCUGCUUCGUUAUCUCUCUUAUGCUGAUUAG